AAUCAUCGCUUUUUGCAGAAACGGUGACGGUAGAGAGAGACAGAGAGAGAGAGAGAUAGAGGGAGGGUUACAGUCAGGGGGCUAUUUGAUUUCCCUUGAAAUUUUUCAGAUUUUUUUCCUUCUUUCAUCCAUUUCUAUCCCCUUUUUUCUCUCUUUCUCGUGUGUUUUUUUCCCAGAUUUGUCUUACGAAUCCAUUCUGAAAGAUACCCAAAAGUGGUAGGGAAGCAAAGUACUGUUCUUUUUUCGCUUUUUCGACAAAAUCGGCGGUGAAAGAAAGGAAUUUUUCAUUUUCCGAGAUUCUUGAAAAAAUUGAGAAGAGGAAGAGGCAUAGACCUAAAAUUUUGGUUUGAAUUUAGGGCUUUCUUUAUUUGGGGGGUAAUGGAGACAGAUAGUAUGGAGUGUGUUUCAUCUACGGGAAAUGAGAUCCAUCAGAACAGUAAUGGCCACCAAUCUUACCAAUUCUCUUCCACCAAGACUCACGCCGCUGCCGCCGUUGUUACCAAUAUUGUUGGCCCGACUGCAACUGCUCCGGCUACUAGCGUCUAUGAGCUUCUUGAGUGCCCUGUCUGUACUUAUUCUAUGUACCCUCCUAUCCAUCAGUGCCAUAAUGGACACACGUUGUGCUCGACCUGUAAAGUGAGGGUGCAUAACCGGUGUCCCACUUGUAGACAAGAACUUGGAGAUAUUAGAUGUUUAGCUCUUGAGAAAGUAGCCGAGUCCCUUGAGCUGCCUUGCAAGUAUUACAAUCUUGGAUGCCCUGAGAUAUUUCCUUAUUACAGCAAACUAAAGCACGAGUCCCUCUGUAACUUCAGACCUUACAGUUGUCCUUAUGCUGGUUCAGAGUGUGGUAUCGUUGGGGAUAUCCCUUUUCUUGUAGCCCAUCUCAGAGAUGAUCACAAAGUUGACAUGCACGCUGGUUCCACUUUUAAUCAUCGCUAUGUCAAAUCCAAUCCACGUGAAGUGGAGAAUGCCACUUGGAUGCUAACCGUAUUCCAUUGCUUUGGGCAAUACUUCUGCCUCCAUUUUGAAGCGUUCCAGCUUGGGAUGGGUCCGGUAUACAUGGCAUUUUUGAGAUUUAUGGGGGACGAGGAAGAUGCACGGAGCUACAGCUACAGCUUAGAAGUGGGAGGCAGUGGAAGAAAGCUAACAUGGGAAGGAACCCCAAGAAGCAUCAGAGACAGCCACAGGAAAGUAAGAGACAGCAACGACGGUCUCAUCAUCCAAAGGAACAUGGCUCUCUUCUUCUCCGGCGGGGACAGGAAAGAGCUUAAACUUAGAGUUACUGGUAAAAUCUGGAAAGAGCAGCACAGUCCAGAUUCUGGCAUUUGCAUGCCAAACCUAUCUUCUUCCUGAUCAUUCAUUCUUUCUUUUCUUUUCCUUUUUUUUUUUCUCUCCCUUUGAGAAGGAAUGUUGUAUGAUGAUGAUGAUGAUGAUUCGUUUGCACUCGUCUUCUUUGUUUGUAUCUAUAACGUUUCAUGAAUGAAUGUUUGACCUUAUAGUCUUAUUUGUUGAGUGAAAACUUGAAUCGGUGUUCAGA